AUGUACAUCCCUCCAUUCGAUACCACCUCCUACUCCAUACUCACUUCACUACUUUCAUCUAUACCAACUUCUCUACCAUCCAUACCGGAAACAUUGACCACGAGAACCUCUUCUCCAUCUACAACGUCGGUCACGAAUCUUUCCACUCCGGGGCAACAGACAUCCAGCCAACAGUCAACUUCAGACAAUCCCCAAAACGUUACUCCGCAAUCCUCGCAGACUAGUUCCUCUGAUUCACCAACUCCCACGUUACCAACCACGUUCCCCAGAGGCUCUCCAACAACAGUGCCAGGUGCACAAUCUUCCCAUAUCCCACAAUCUCCGUGCGGAAGUCCUGUGAACACUACUCUUCACUCACCCUUCGCUGGAGUUGCAAAAAAUGUCAUAAGCACGACAUCGCCAAUUACACACAGUGGGGAUGCGUUCUCUUCGAUCACCUAUACUUCGAUUGGUACCUCUACUAUUACAACAUACUCCUGCUUUGGGUCUACCUCAGCACUCGUGACCCUGACAUCAUCUCCUCAUCCUCUUCCCUCCUCCUACUCACGUCUGUCGUCCGCACUCGUUUGA